CCCUGCCCCUCCUCCUGGGAGGGCGGGCGGCGGCCGCUGCGGGGCGGGGCGCGGGCUCGUCCGGCCUCCUGGCGGCGCCUCGGCCCCUGCACUCCGGCCAAGGUCUGCUGGCUGCGGCGGGCGCGGGACGCGGGACGCGGGAGGUGGCGGCCGUGGAACGGUGAACCAUGGAGCUGUAUUUCGGUGAAUAUCAGCACGUGCAGCAGGAAUACGGCGUCCAUCUGAGGCUCGCAAGUGAUGAAACCAAAAAACCACGGAAUUUCCAGCACUCUAAGGCAGGCUCCUACGGUGUCAGUAUUAGGGUCCAGGGCAUCGAUGGCCACCCCUACAUAGUCCUGAAUAACACGGAACGGUGUCUAGCAGGGUCAUCCUUUCCUGAAAAUGGGCCUACGUGUCCCUCUCCAGUCGUCAGUAACCUGCCUGUCCAUUCCAACCGUGGGUCUGUGCUGAAGAACAGGGCAGAAGAAUUGCAGCUCCCAGAAAACCCAUAUGCUCAGCCCAGCCCAAUAAGAAACCUGAAACAGCCCUCUGUCCAUGAGGGCAAGAACGGGGUUCUAGAACGCAAAGACGGGCCAAUGAAGUCAACCCACGUGUUGAACUUCCAGAGGCAUCCAGAGCUCCUACAGCCCUAUGACCCGGAAAAGAAUGAACUGAGCUUGCAGAAUCACCAGUCUCCUGAAAGUAACUGGUUAAAACCUCUAGCAGAAGAACCUACCAACGGUAAGAAGCCUUGGACUUGCUUUCCCAAACCUACCAGUUCCCAGCCUACCAGCACCCCCUUGGAAGACUUGGGCAAGCCCAACGUGACAGCCAUUCGUGUAUGCAGCUCCGUGGUCAUAGAUGACCCCAAAAAGCAGACCUCAGUCUGUGUGAAUGUUCAGAGCUGUACCAAAGAGGGGGUGCCAGAGGAGGGCGCUUCCCCCAGCGGGAGGCCCGUAUCUGCAUACAGCCCCCAUGCCCACUCUGAAACCAAAAAAACCAGACCGGAUGUCCUUCCCUUCCGGCGACAGGACUCGGCAGGACCCGUCUUGGACGGGGCUCGGUCCCGGAGGUCCUCCUCGUCGUCGACGACUCCCACUUCGGUCAACUCUUUGUACCGAUUUCUGCUGGAUGACCAGGAAUGUGCCAUCCACGCUGACAAUGUCAAUCGUCAUGAAAACAGAAGGUACAUCCCUUUCCUGCCAGGAACUGGGCGGGAUAUUGACACAGGAUCCAUUGCCGGUGUGGAUCAGCUCAUUGAAAAAUUUGAUCAAAAAUCCGGCCUUCAGAGAAGAGGCAGGUCUGGAAAACGAAACAGAAUCAAUCCGGAUGACAGGAAGAGAUCCAGGAGCGUGGACAGUGCCUUUCCGUUCGGACUCCAAGGGAACUCGGAGUACCUCACCGAAUUCAGUAGGCACUUGGGCAAGUCCAGCGAGCACCUCCUGCGGCCGUCCCAGGUGUGCCCGCAGCGGCCACAGUCCCAGGAGCGCCGUGGGAAGCAGAGUGUGGGCCGCACGUUUGCAAAGCUGCAGGGGGCCGUGCAGGAUGCCCACCCCAGGCCUCCCCAGCUGACCAAAGAUGGGAAAGUUCUGGAAGACAAAGGUGGUUGGGAAAGUACUGCGACCUGUGCAUCCUCCCCCCUAGCAUCGAGCAAAAAGGAGGAGGAAGUAAAAACAGCCACGGCCACGUUGAAGUUGCAGAGUCGGUCGGUGGCUACCUCGCCGGACUCUGGGGUCAAGAAGGUUUCUGUGAAGGCGUUUCCUUCCACCUCCAGCACUCAGGCCACACCGGAUCUCUUAAAGGGCCAGCAAGAGCUCACCCAACAAACCAACGAGGAGACGGCCAAGCAGAUACUCUACAAUUACCUCAAAGAAGGGAGCACUGAUAAUGAUGAUGCUACCAAAAGGAAAGUCAACUUGGUCUUUGAGAAAAUCCAAACAUUGAAGUCAAGAGCAGCCGGAAGUCCGCAAGCAAAUAAUCAAGCUUCUGAUUCCUCAUCUGAAGUCAAAGAUCUAUUGGAACAGAAAAAUAAGUUGACCCUAGAAGUGGCUGAACUUCAGAGACAGCUUCAACUAGAAAUCAAGAACCAAGAGAACAUCAAAGACGAGAGAGAGAGAAUGAGAGCAAACUUGGAAGCGCUGCGAAGCCAGCACGACAGUAAGGUGGAGGAGAAUUCCGUCUUGAAGCAGCGACUGGAAGAAAGUGAAGGAGAGCUCCGCAAAAACCUGGAGGAGCUGUUCCAGGUGAAGAUGGAACGAGAGCAGCACCAGACUGAAAUCCGGGAUCUCCAGGACCAGCUCUCAGAGAUGCACGAUGAACUGGACAGUGCAAAGCAGUCCGAGGACAGUGAGAAGAGUGCUCUGAUUGAGGAGCUCCUACAGGCAAAACAAGACCUCCAGGACCUGCUGAUCACCAAAGAGGAGCAAGAAGACCUCUUGAGAAAGCGGGAGCGGGAGCUCACUGCCCUGAAGGGAGCCCUCAAAGAAGAGGUUUCCAGCCACGACCAGGAGAUGGACAAACUGAAGGAGCAGUACGAUGCCGAGCUGCAGGCCCUGCGGGAGAGCGUGGAGGAAGCAACCAAGCCACAAAGGAGAGAGCCUGAUUGCUCACCACGCAGGAAUUCACGAGCGCCGGGGUCAUGCGGCAUUUCCUCGCCCUGCAGGAGGGAUCGAGCCUCGCUGGCAGAGCAGGCACGGUUUGGGAAUGUCGAAGUCCUGGCCAGCCGGAGCAGUACUUCUGAGCAGAACAAGGUGGGGGCUGAGAUGCGUGAGCAGCUGCUGAAGGAGGAGAAUGAGAAGCUGCAGGGGCGGAUUGGAGAGCUGGAGCGGAGAGCGGCCCAGCUGCAGAGGCACGUCAGUGACCUGAAAGGCGAUGAAGCCAAAGCAAAGGACACGCUCCAGAAGUACGAGGGACAAGUGCGGCAAUUAGAGGAGGCCCUCGCGCAUGCCAGGAAGGAAGAAAAAGAAGCCACGUCCGCCAGAAAGACGCUGGAGAAUGAACUGACGGAUGCCCAGAGGAGCCUGAGUCGGACCACGCAGGAGCAGAAGCAGCUGUCCGAGCAGCUCAAGGACGAGGUGGAGCAGAAGGAGCAGUUACGAAGGCUGAAGAACGACAUGGAGAAUGAGCGCUGGCAUCUGGACAAGACCAUCGAGAAGCUGCAGAAGGAGAUGGCUGACAUCGUCGAGGCAUCGCGCACGUCGACGCUGGAGCUCCAGAACCAGCUGGAUGAGUACAAGGAGAAAAACCGCAGGGAGCUCGCAGACAUGCAAAGGCAGCUGAAGGAGAAAACCCUGGAGGUAGAGAAGUCCCGACUGGCGGCUGUGAAGAUGCAGGAUGAGAUGCGCCUGAUGGAGGAAGAGUUACGGGACUACCAGAGAGCUCAGGACGAAGCACUCACGAAGAGGCAGCUCCUGGAGCAGACGCUGAAAGACCUGGAGUAUGAGCUGGAGGCCAAGAGUCACCUCAGGGAUGACCGAGGCAGACUGGUGAAGCAGCUGGAGGACAAGGUGUCUCAGCUGGAGAUGGAGCUGGAAGAGGAAAGGAACAACUCGGAUCUGCUGUCCGAGAGGAUCACUCGAAGCAGGGAACAGAUGGAGCAGGUGAGGAGUGAGCUACUUCAGGAGAGAGCUGUGCGGCAGGACUUGGAGUGCGACAAGAUUUCCCUGGAGAGACAGAACAAGGACUUAAAGAGCCGCAUUAUCCACCUGGAAGGCUCCUAUAGGAGCAGCAAGGAUGGGCUGGUGGCGCAGAUGGAGGCCCGGAUCGCAGAGCUGGAGGAGCGGCUGCAGAGCGAGGAGAGGGACCGGGCCAGCCUCCAGCUCAGCAACCGGCGGCUGGAGCGGAAAGUGAAGGAGCUGGUGCUGCAGGUGGACGAUGAGCACCUGUCACUCACCGACCAAAAGGACCAGCUGAGCCUACGCCUGAAAGCCAUGAAGCGACAGGUGGAGGAGGCGGAAGAGGAAAUCGACAGACUGGAGAGUUCGAAGAAGAAGCUGCAGCGGGAGCUGGAGGAGCAGAUGGACGUGAACGAGCAGCUGCAGGGCCAACUCAGUUCCAUGAAGAAGGACCUCAGCAGGCUCAAGAAGCUGCCCAGUAAGGUGCUGGAUGACGUGGAUGACGAUGACGAUGACCUCAGCACCGACGGGGGCAGCCUCUAUGAGGCGCCGCUGAGCUACACCUACCCCAAGGACAGCACCCUCACCAGCCAGAUCUGAGCCCGCUUCCAGGACCUGCAGUGGCUCCCCUGCCCAACAGGAACUCUGCAGGGAGCAGGGAAGGGAGGGAGAGCCUGCGGUGCAGACCCAUCGCUGCCUCUAACCCCCAGCCGGCGAUGGCGCCUGCCUGCCUGCGGUCUCUGCGUGCUUGAGCGCCCCUUGGAUCGUAUGCAGGGAGCUACUGCGCUUUCAACAGUCGAGAUUCCCAAGGCAUCGACCCACCCACCUUCGGGGGUCUUUUGGAAAAUGUCAUUUGCUAGAAUGAGGCCUGUGUUCUUUACAGCUCCUGCCACCAGCAAGGGUCCAAGCUGCUAGUGAUUACUGAAUAGCCAUUGUGCCUGGAGGAAGGAUGUGUGGGGUGUGCACAUUUUAAACCAGAGCCACUCACAGGCUGCUCCUGUUGCAUUUGGGAACGUUAGAGAGCCUACGCAGGGUGGCCAGUUUGGUAAGGUUGCACGUCUCUAAGGAGUUACUAGUAUUAAGGAGCAGAGAUGAGAGCGCGUGAGUAAAAGUAGAAUAACUACUUCGGAAGUCAGAGUUGAAAAAAAGGAAUUGUCAUGACGAUGGAGAAUAGAAAUUUGAGCAGUCUGGGUGAGAACCUGCUGCCUGAGAGAGGGGAGUCACUUCUAUCUAGGAGCUGUAGCCAUGGCCUUGGUUGCUUUUUUUUUUUUUUUUACCUAGACUUUAUCUGAACCCCACUAAGAUGAAUUCCUAGUCACCUAUUGCACUUGCUUUGACACAGUGGGAUGAGGGAGGAGACGGGACCGGGCUCAUGGACUUAGCGGGGGAAGUAUUCACUAAGGUCAUAGGGAGACAGUAGGUGAGUAAGGUGUGGGGCCAGGGGUGAAGAGGAACACAAGUUGGUGAAAGUGAAAGCUAGGGGGAGGUAUAGGCGUGAGGUGGGUGGAGCAGGAGCUCAGGUUGAAGUCAAGAAAGAGAGGAAAGGAUCACAAGCCAGGCCGAGGUGUGGCUGUGCACACUGGAGGGCUGCCUCUGCCUUCCUGCCACCAAGGGACAUUGCUGGGACUGGGGAUGGGGCAAGGCUUCCUGGCUGCACUGCACAGGGCGACUCUUCGUCACUGCUUACUGUGACAGCCCUCAGAGGUGCCCACAGGCCAGCACCGGGCAGACUGCUCAGUGAAGUGGCCAGGUGAGUGCCCCCAAGCUUCAGCCUAGAGCAGAGGCCCAUGGACCAGGGGACUCCAGGAUCGCUGUCCCGCACCCCACAGGGUUCAGCUUUUUCUACCUCCAGCCAAUCACCGUCCUUGCCUUGGCUCAUUUGUUGGGUAUGGAGACGUUCCUCCCUUUAACCAUUCCUUCACUUAGCAAGUAUUUCCUGGGCACCUAUGCUGUGUUGGGCACAGCCCUUGACUGAUACAGGUAAUAAAACAACCUCCCUCCUGGGGCUCAGGGGCUCAUAGAUAACAACCAAAUGGACCCCUUCUCCCUGGGAAUGUCCCAAGGCUUACUGGAACUGCAACGUGAGGUCUUUGGGCGCCAGCCCUCCAGGAGUGAGCGUUUUGGUUUGCCCCUCAGCCUGGUGGCCAAAGUGCCCAAGAAAAGAGAAAGGAAGUCCACAUUGCACACACCUGUGUCAUUAUUAUAGAAGCAGCCUGGUAUGCAUUAAUGAACGUGCCACCCUACAGUGUCAUAGGGCUGGCAAUACGUACAGAGGGUUGAGAGGAACACUGGACUGGGCAUGGACAGAGGCGUUUCCAAUCCCUGCUCAUCAUCUCCCUACCCCUGACCUGGACAGGGCGCUCUCAAAGGCUGUGCGUUGCCUUGGACAAAAAGAGGAUUAGGUCCGAAGGUCCUUUCCCACUGUAACCUAUUAUUCUUUGAUUUUUAUUAUAUAUACAUAUAUAUAUAUAUCCUGUUUAUUGCUUCAAGAACUAACCCUGCUCAUGAGUAUUUUCUUUAGCUAGCUUAAAAAUGUAAAAGCCAACACGUGGCCAAAUGCGGUGCCAAGGAGACAAUCAUCUCUUUUCUAAUUUUCUUUCCUGCUUCUGAGGGUUCUUCUGCUAAGUUGAUUGGCUGUGGGGUGUCUGAUUGUUCUGGGUGAUCACAAGGAACGGAUUCUUACUGCAGCUACCUCCAUGUAAGUGAAUUCCUGGGUAAAGCAAGACUUCCUUUGAAUAAACUGUUACCCAGCAAGAA